AUGGGAAGUAAGACCCUGCCGGCCCCAGUGCCUAUCCACCCUUCCCUCCAGCUCACCAACUACUCCUUCCUGCAAGCCUUCAACGGGCUGCCUGCUGUGCCCUCUGACCACCUCUCCAACCUCUACGGCUUCAGCGCCCUGCACGCCGUACACCUGCACCAGUGGACUUUGGGGUACCCAGCCAUGCACCUGCCCCGCUCCUCCUUCUCCAAGGUGCCCAGCGUGUCCAGCCUGGUGGACGCGAGGUUCCAGCUGCCCACCUUCCCGCUCUUCCCACACGUCAUCCAGCCCAAGCAAGAGGCCACCAAUGUGACCCUCAAAGCAAAACCCCGCUUCGACUUUGCCAACUUGGCAGUGGCUGCCACACAAGAGGACCACUCUAAACUGGGACAGGCAGACAGUCAGGGGUCCCCCCCAGGGCUGGGGUCUUUGCUUGAGGUGACUAAACUCUCUCCAGAGAAGAAACCCACACGGGGAAGGUUACCAUCCAAAACCAAGAAGGAGUUCGUAUGUAAAUUCUGUGGCAGGCACUUCACCAAGUCCUACAACCUUUUGAUUCAUGAAAGAACCCACACUGACGAACGGCCCUACACAUGUGACAUCUGCCACAAGGCCUUCAGAAGACAGGAUCACCUGAGGGAUCACAGAUAUAUCCAUUCUAAAGAAAAGCCUUUCAAGUGUCAAGAAUGCGGGAAAGGAUUUUGCCAGUCCAGAACACUAGCUGUCCACAAGACACUGCACACGCAAGUAAAGGAACUGAAACCUGCCAAACUUAAGUGCUGAAUCUCCAGCUUCUAUGAACUUUUCCUCCCUUUUUCAGACUUUACACCAAAACAACAGCAGAAACAAAACUUUCAGGAUGGAAGCACUGAACUUUCUGUUUUGUUUUUGUUUGUGCUUUAGAAAAGAGCAAAAUCCACACAAUCCCCCCCCUUCCCCAGUCCAAGCAACUAACUUCCUAAGUCGUGGGUGAAACGAUAUUUUUUUUUUUUUUUAAUUUUUUUUUUUUUGCAUUUCAAAUAUACAUGAGUGAUGCAAAGAGUGCGAGCUGACUUGUGUGGCUUUGAUAAACUUUAUGCCAAAAGGUGGUGCUCACGUGUUGGACAGGAAUCUCUUUAAACCCAACCAGAAACCCACAGGUCUCCCUGCCCCCAAUCCCAACAAACCCCCCCAAAAUCGUAGCUUCCAAAAGUAUUACCAUUUUUUUUUUUUUAACCCCCAACCUCUUGUUUUAUUUUAUUUUUUUUUAAUUUUUAAUUUUU